GAAAGAAAGUCAGAGUGAGUGGUGAUCUGUUCAUAAAUCUCUGUCUAGAAAAUGAUUAUUUGAUCGGUGAAUUCUUUCAAUUCUCUCUGAAACUUUGAAAUGGACGCUUCAACAAAAUCCCCACAAAUCUCUGAGAUGUGGCAGAAAUUCGCUUUGGCAUUCAAGACCAAAACGAUCGAGUUCUUCGCAGACGAAGACGACGCCGCCGCCUCCGCCGCCGCAACUGACACAGAGGACGGAUUCUCCCUGCUCGAUUCCGCCGAGGAAUUCAUCACUGAUCAAAAGGUCGUUGUCUUAAAACCAGACAAAACCCUUUUUAAUAAUAAUAAUAAUAAUGCUUCGAGACCAUCUUCUCCUCUUAAAUUUACCAAUACCCAGUUUGUUGAACCUCUCUUGUCUUCGAUUUUCGCUACCAUUUCAUCCUUUGAGGCGUCGUAUCUUCAAUUACAGACAGCCCAUGUUCCUUUCGAUGAAGACGCCAUUGUUAGUGCUGAUAAAACAUUAGUCUCUCAUCUCCAGAGAUUGUAUGAUGUUAGAGAAUGGUAUAAGAAUUUUAGGAGAAACCCUAGUUCAUGUUUAGAUUUGCCGAUUGGUUCGUAUUUGGAAGUGCAGGUGCAAGAGAAUCAGAGUAAGCUUCGGAGAUUAGAGACGAUCGUUAACCAAUUACAGUCUGCAAUUGAUGAUAAAAACGAUCAAGUCUCGUCUCUAAGGCAACAGUUAUCAGACAUCCACAAUGCAAACAUGAUAUUUUCUAAGGAACCAUCGUCUUUGGGAUUGAAUUCCUCAGGGAUUUUGUUGACGAUCCGUGUAUUCGAUUCAAUGUUGCACGAGACAUCUAGAUCGUUGCAUAAGUUUUCCAUGAUCUUGAUCGAUUUGAUGAAGAAAGCUGGAUGGGACUUGAAUUUAACUGCUAAUUCAGUUUUCAGUGGCGUCAACUAUGCUAAGAAAGGGCAUAAUCGGUACAGUAUUCUAUCUUAUGUAUCUUUAACUAUGUUUAGAGGUUUUGAUUCCGAAAGCUUCGGCUUGGAAUCAGGUGCUGAUGAAGAAGAAGAAGAACCGACAGAGAAGAAGAGGAAGAACAGUUCUCUGAAGCAAUUAAUCGAACAUGUAGCCUCCAGCCCAAUGGAAAUAUUGAGAAAGACUCCAAACUGCAAAUUCUCUAGAUUUUGUGAAACAAAAUACCAAAAUCUAGUACAUCCAGCCAUGGAAAAAUCGAUUUUCUGCAAUUUGGAACAAAAUGAAAUGGUAUUGGAUUCCUGGUUGUCUAUAAGCGGGUUCUACGAAUCUUUUAUCAAGAUGAGCAGCUCGUUAUGGCUACUUCACAAGCUGGCCUAUUCUUUCGACCCCAUUGUAAAGAUUUUUCAAGUGGAUAGAGAUGCAGAUUUCUCAAUUGUAUACAUGGAAGAUGUUACAAGAAAAAUCAGAUCGUCGGUGAAGAGCCGGCCCAAGGUUGCUUUCACAGUUAUACCUGGUUUUAAGAUUGGCAAUACAAUAAUUCAGUCACAGGUUUAUUUGUCUACCUAGAAGUGUACAGAGUAGGAAUCUAAAGGAACUGUUGUUCUUGAAUCUUGAUGGCGAAAUCUGGAGAUAUAACACACUAUUGUUUGUUGUUCAUCAACACUCCAUCUACAAACAUACGGUCUACUCGGUUUUAUUUUUACAUUUUACGAUUUUCAUUUCAGGAUUGUUGUAUAGAAAUGCUUCUUUCUUUCUUUCUUCCUUCUUUGAUUUUCAAUUGUAGCAAAAAGUUUGAUACUUCAAAAAUUAGGUUGAGAGAACUAUAUAUGUAAAUGUUUUUGGGAGAAAUUGUAACUGUGAAUUUAGCUUUUAGAUGGUCAAUGAUAUUCUCAUUAUUAU